AUGGCGGCUGCGCGUGUGUUACGGACUAGUGGUUUAUUCCUGUUAUUUUCGAUAAACACGCUCGCCGUAUCGCCAUGGUUAGUGACCGUGCAAGUAGAUAAAGUUACAUGCGGUGAUGUAAAUUGUGAUUACCGUAUAAAAGUGCUCGGUGAUGUAAAUCAGUGGUCGUUAACCUCGAAGGGAAACGUUCGGGGCGCCAAGUGUGAUGAUAACUUUUCAAUUCGAAAAUCGAACGUGCCCGUCGAAUUGACUGCGCCGGCGUCCAGUAAGCUAUACUUCUGUGCUGAGAAGGAUGGAGUAUGGUACCACCAGGGGGAGAAAUUAUAUUUGUCCAGCGAUGACGUCACUGGCUUUUUGGAACCGUCUGAAGAGAACGAAAUCGCCCCAGAUCUCGAAUAUUUAUCAGAAACAGAUGCCAAAUUUUAUAAUGAUCUCAAAAUCAACGCGUACGCAGAUGCAUUUGAUGAUAACGUUGAAACAUUCAAAGAUACUCUAAGACAGAAACGCGAAGUUGAAGCAAAUGGUACUGAGGCCACAAAUGAAGAAGUUGUGGACACCAAAACCAUCGUUGAUGAUACUCAAACCAAUCCCAAAGUUCCUAGCAAUGUCACCCUUCGCGUGAUGGGUUUGAGAGUGGAAGAGUCGGAAAAGGAGCCGAAGAUUGUCGACGGCAUGAUACCCAGUGUGUUGCGAGAAAGAGAAUUUACAUUGAGGCUGUUUGGUGAGGGUUUUACUGAGGACACCACCAUUGCAUUCACUCAUCAUCCUCAAGAAUACGGAACGCCUUGUCGGUUCCUCAUUGAUGGAGAAUAUAAGAUUCUGAAAGCUGAGUCCGACUCAGGUCUGUUCAAACUGCUCGCCCCGCCACCGCUAGACGACUACAAAUUCUACAUUUGCGCCACCAACACUCCGAAGGGCGAAUUCAUCCACCAGGGUCGCGAGGAAUGGAAGAUCCUCGGCACGCACAACAAGCUGCUCCCUCUAUGGGCCUCUCUGGUCCUCAUCGUGAUCUUGUUGAUGCUCGCGUCUCUCUUCUCCGGGCUGAACUUGGGUUUGAUGGCUCUGGACAGAACAGAACUGCGUAUCAUCGCCAACACAGGAACAGAGAAGGAGAGGAAGUACGCUAGAGCCAUCAUGCCGGUCCGUGCACACGGAAACUACCUUCUGUGUACGAUAUUGCUGAGUAACGUCGCUGUUAACAGUACGUUUACUGUUAUUCUGGAUGACCUGACGUCGGGUCUUGUGGCUGUUAUAGGAUCUACGCUUGCUAUUGUGUUUAUAGCUGAAAUUACACCGCAAGCCAUCUGCGCAAGACAUGGUCUCUUGGUCGGUGCUAAGAGUAUUUGGAUCAUGAAGAUUGUAAUGGGUAUCUGCGCACCCCUCGCUUGGCCCACCAGCAAACUUCUGGAUUACUUCUUGGGUGAAGAAAUUGGUACACACUACAACAGAGAGAGACUAAAGGAACUUGUCAAGGUAACAAACCACGUGAACGAUCUCGACAAAGAGGAGGUCAACAUUAUCUCCGGUGCCUUGGACCUUCGCAAGAAAACGGUCAAGGAUGUGAUGACCAAGCUGAAGGACUGCUACAUGCUUCCGAUCAACUCCAUCUUGGACUUUGAAACGAUGACGGAGAUUGUUAAGUCUGGUUACUCCCGUAUACCGGUGUACGAGGGCCAGCGUGGCAACAUAGUGACGGUGCUGUUCAUCAAGGACCUGGCCUUCGUGGACCCUGACGACAACACGCCCCUGCGCACGCUCUGCCAGUACUAUCAGAACCCUUGCAACUUCGUCUUCGAAGACGUUACCCUGGACGUCAUGCUGAAGCAGUUUAAAGAAGGUCACAAAGGUCACAUGGCAUUUGUUCAGCGCAUUGAAGAGGGCGACGGUGACCCGGUCUACGAGACGGUUGGUCUUGUCACCCUUGAAGACGUCAUAGAGGAGAUGAUCCAAGCGGAGAUUGUAGACGAGAGUGACGUCAUAACGGACAACAGGACGAAGAAACGCCUAGCCCGUCCGCUGAACAAACUGCACGAUAUAGCAGCAUUUGCUGGCCACCAGCAUCAGCGUGUCCACGUCUCGCCGCAGCUUAUCUUAGCCACCUUCCAAUUCCUCAGCACCAGUGUCGAUCCGUUCCGUGCCGAUAUGAUAUCGGAAACGGUUCUCCGUAGGCUACUGAAGCAAGAUGUCAUCCAACAUAUCAAAUUACGUGGUGAUGAGGACAAGAACGAUCCAAAACGAUUCGUCUAUCAGGAAGGGAAACCGUCGGACUACUUCGUGCUGAUCCUCGAAGGUCGUGUAGAGGUCACGGUGGGAAGAGAGAACUUGGUAUUUGAAGCCGGACCAUUCACGUACUUCGGAGUACAAGCACUUACACAGAACGUUGGACUUGCCGAGUCCCCAGCUCCAUCCACCUUGGGCUCCUUGCAAAACCUGAACAUGGACUCCAUGCUGCGUCACACCUUCGUACCAGACUACUCCGUGAAGGCCAUUGCUGAACUCUACUAUCUUACUAUCAAGAGAUCAAUGUACUUGGCAGCUAAGCGUGCGACGUUAAUGGAGAAAGGCGUUUUAAAUAAGGGCGGCACUAACGAGCAAAUCGAACCAGAAGUCGAUAAGUUACUGCGCGAGGGAGGAGAUAAGCUGGAAGAGAUAAUUGAAAAUGAUAAAUCCACUUUAAAACAGUUCCUCCCGCCGAGCAUUCUCACAAACUCCACGUAUAAGAACGACGAGAAGAACCCGGAAGAAGAGAAACUACUGAAGAAGUAG